AUGGCUGUGGUUCUGGAGUUUGGAACGGGGGAUGGUGGACCAGUGAUUGCCAGCCUGUCAGGUUCCAGCUUCCAAGGAAUGGUGCAUGGCUUUGAGAUCAAUGAGCAUGCAGCAGCAAUUGCCUCAAAACGUGCAGCAGAGAGUGGGCUGCAGAAGUGCUUCCAGGUACACAACAGCUGCUUCUUUGCAGCUGCGCGGAAGAGCAAUGCCAGCUUUCUUGUAGCGAACCCCCCAUACAUCCCGGCUCCUGACAACCGCAUCAUGAUGCCUGCCCUGCAUGGAGGCCCCGACGGCGCAGGACUCACCAGGGAUCUGAUGUCACUGGGUGUGCCAAAUUUGAUGCUGCUGCUGUCGAGCUACAGCAAUCCGGUGGCCACACUGAAGCAUGCGCAGGGGCAGGGGUACAGAGCGCUGGACUUCAUGGUCACUGCCAUGCCCUUUGGCACCUACAGCUCAGAACCCAAGGUGAGGGAAUGGAUAGCGCAAAUGAAAGCUAGGUCAAAGGCGUUCUUCAAUGAGAACUGCUACCUGCUGGCUGGGGUGCUGUUGAGUAAGGCACCACUUGAUGCAUGGGCAUCAGAGCAGCCUGAAGCACAUGACCUGACAGAUCAGCUGAUCAGCGUGCUGACAGCUCUGCGCUGA